AUGGCAGAAAAGGAUAUGCCGGAAGAGUUUCUACGAAAUGAAUAUCCAGUUCUGGUGUCAGUGAAUUUCGGCGUGGGUCUCGAUGCGAUCCAGUUGGAGGUGCCCGAGGUGGUGCCCAAGGUGCCCGAGCCCGAGGUGAACGACGCCGAUGGCGCCGUAGCGAACUCCAUGAAGUUUUCCAUCACGGAGACUGCGACGCGCAAGAGCUCCUGGGAUCGAGCCUCUUCGCGAUUCAGGUCAACCAUGAUGAGCGUGGUAAAAGUCAGCGUCAACAGCGGACUUCGGAGAGCGAGUUGGUCGGCUGCGGCGCAGGACGCAGGUGACUUCUCACAGUUCUUCGGAGGCCUUAUCGAAGGCGCAGAAGGAACAUACGUCACCGGACUGUCGCCCUACCGCAUCGCUAGAACUGUCCUCACUAUGGUGUCAUCUUCGAUCGUCGUUGCUGUCUUCUUUGCAAUUUCACUGGCUCUCAGCGGGCUAUGGCCAGUUCCCGGACACAUGCAAGCGACAUUCUGGACGGGCUUCAUGAACCGAUUGGCGUGGGCAUUCAGUCCGCUUUUCCUCGGGGGUUUCUUCCCAGGUUUGUGCAAUCCUCAGAUGAUGCGGGACUGGCAGAUCCACCGCUACUUUUUGGUCCUCGGUUUGCUGCCAUUCAUCAUUGCUAACGUCGCAUUCCCCUACGUUGUUGGGACGGACAGUCAUUUUAAAGUAUUUUUCUCGACGUGCUUCUGGCCUACCAUCACCUGCGUGUUUUUUCUGCCUUCCAUGAUUGCUGGCAUACGGUGCUGUAGAGGGGAUGAGUCAUGGCCAGAUUUGGGCCUUUCCCAGUGGCACUACAUCAGAGCCGGUGGGAACCAUUUCUUGAAAGAUUUGUCGCAAUUGAUGGUUUGCUUUGCAGCUGCAGUGCUUCCCGUGAACUACAUCGCCUUGGACUUCGCGGUGGUUCUGCCCAAUCUGAAUCCAAGCACUGCGGCAUGGCUGCGACCCCUCAUCUCAACCAUGCUGAAGAUCGGCUGCUUUGAGGUGUUCAAGAUGGCAGCAGGAAAUUUGUCGAGCACUUUCCGGUUUUUCGGUUUGUUUCCAAUGGCUGUCAAUUUGGGCCUACACACUGCCAUGUCUGUGGUCCUAUGUCAGGAUUGGCUCAGUGUCAUAAUUUGGAUUGGUUACGACUUUUGCAACAGUUUCUGGAGAACGCUGAGAACUAAAAGGAUACAAUAUUUGAUGCAACGCAUCCCGUGGCUCAACUACAAUAGCGAAGAGAUCAGAUAUAGAGGAAUUGAAGCUAUAAUUUUGGGUUGGGGCCUGACUGCAGCCUUGAUCAGCUUGCUCAUGGUAAGCCCGCUGGCCUUGGUUAUGCCCGAUAUGCUCUGGAAAUUUCUCUAUCCAAAGGGCGGAGCCAGUGUCUUGUACCUGCUGGCGGUCACGUGCUGUGAUGCUUCUUUUGACAUUCUUUCUUUGAUGAUCAUUUCGUAUAUUUGCAAGUGCGACUUCGGGAAGGUACUGGGCAAUCAUCCUUUCUCGAAGACUCUUCAAUCUGCAUAUCUUGCCUCGUUAACGGUGGUAUGGGCACCUUGUGCACUGGGCUGUUUUGGAUGGGUUUUUCAGCACAUGUGCGUUGCUGCGUUCGCGAAUCAGUGCAGGUCAUGA